CAUUUCUACAGUUGGGGACAAUGUUCCUCCCCCGAGUAGGACACAGCGACAAGGCAGCAUCUUGGAAGCAGAGAGCAGCCCUCAUCUGACACACGUCCAGAAACUGAGCUUGGACAUCCCAGCCACCAGACCUGGAGCCGAAGUCAAAUACCGAGGAGUUCGGGGGGCCUCAGUUAAACCCACCCGCCUGCAUUGUGAAGCCGGAACAGGGACCCGAAAUCCGCUGCGAGGGCCCAGGACGUCCGCCGGAGUCGGAUCCUGGACCCGCCCCGUCCCAUUCACGCGUGGCGACCACGCCCCCGCACGCCGAUUGGCUGAGUCUCGUCGGCCCGGCGCCGCGCGGGGAAGACCCGGAGAAGCGCGAUCAGCCCAGGAAUGGGUUCCCGCGACCUAGCUGCGCAUGCUCGCCCCGUGACCCCUGCUUGAGGUGACUGCCAGAGCUGAGGCCGGAGACCCCCCAGCACCCGCGCGGAGGGACACGCCGCGGCUCUGUCGCCGGAGAGGGAGGGCACGUUGCGGUCGAUGAAAACGGCCCAGAGAGGGGAAAGCAUUUGUCCCUGAGGCUGCAGGAUCUUAUCUGGUAUCCCAAAUUGCUUCUAGUCUGAACAACUUCUUAGUCUCCUUUCAUCUGUGAAGGAAUCAGUUUUCCCUUGAUUUUGAUGACCUUGACAGUUUUGAAGAAUAUCAGCUGGGCAUCUUAUAGAAUAUCCCUCAAGGAGAGAGUCCCUGGACUCCCAGGCUUCUGGACAGGGAAGAAGAGGAAAAGAAACCUAUUUGCUGAACGCUGAGCGUGGGUGACCUGAGGGCUAGCCUGUUGGUUCCAGGAUGUCGCUGCCCAAGUCCAGUGAUCAGGAGGGCAAGAGUGUGAAGGCUGACCAGGAGCUGUCCCCGGAGGCGAGCACGGAUGUCAUUCCGGCAGCCCCCAGGAAACCCAGGAAAUUCUCCAAACUGGUCCUGUUGACAGCCUCCAAAGACAGCGCCAAAGUGGCUGGGGCCAAGCGCAAAGGAGUGCACUGCAUCAUGUCUCUGGGGGUACCAGGCCCUGCCACCCUGGCCAAAGCCCUCCUUAAGACCCAUCCAGAGGCUCAGCGGGCCAUUGAGGCAGCCCCUCAGGAGCCUGAGCAAAAACGCAGCAAGCUGGACCCUGACACAGGCAGCAAAGAAGACAGCGGAUUUGCAGCCAUGGAUCCCGCUGGGCAUGGGGAGCCAGCUGCCGCCUGCCCUGCUACACCCAGUGCGUCCUUGUAACCUUGGCAACGUGGCUACAGCUGCUGUGUCUUCACUGCCAAGGACUGGGUGGUUCUGCUAGUCCACAAGACUUCCCAGGCCAGGACGUCGGGGGAUUUUCACUUUCAACAUUGUGUAAUUUUUUAAAAAAUUUACAUCAAGCCUAAGGUACUUUUGUAAGGAGAAAAAAAAAAUCAAAAGGAGAAUUUAAAACCUGUAUACUAUUACCCAUCAUGGACAGGUUUUAAACGUGCCAGGAUUCGAGUCCUUGGAGACCAGCUCCAACCCCACCACCCUUGGGCCCGCUCUCCCCCAUCAGCCUUCUCCUGGCCCUGCCCCAUAGCUGCCUGGCCUGGGCCAUCAGUCCAGGGACUCUACUGGGGUUUCCAACCCCCAGGCCUCACCUCGUUUCCUCAGGCUGGAAAACCAGCUACUGACCAUAACCAGGUAGAGCCCCUGAGGUUUCCCCUUCCUGCUGCCUUGGUCUGAAGGGGUCAGUGGGAGCUCUGCCCCGUGUCUGAUAUCACCAGACCCUGGAUGCUGCCUGACCCUUCCCCCAGGGAACCUCAGACUUCUGCCUGCUGAGUCUGCACAGGAUUCCCCUCAGUCACUGCCCUCCCUCAGGAAGCCUCCCAGAUGUGGCUCCCAGGCACUGAGCCCACCCUUCCAGGCCUGUACUGAGGAAGGGGUUAGCUUGCAGCUCCUGGGGUCUGGAAAGGAUCCUGACAAAAGUGCAAAGUGGCCUCCUAUGUUCUUUUCAGGUGAUUGGGGGCUGAGGAGACUUCCUGGCACCUGAGCCCCUCCCCAAACUCAUGGGGGCUGCCCUGCUGGAGGGGAGAUGAAGGAAACACAGUUACCCUCCUCAAGGAAAUAUCAGACACAGGGCAGACCUCCCACUGUCCCCUUCAGAGGCUCCUAGAGUACAGUGAACAACAUCUACCCCUGAGUUAGAGGCUCCUAGAGUCCCCAGGGCCAAAGCUUCAGCCUCCAGACCCUUCACCUCGUGGUCCUUAUUUGAAAAUUGCCUCUAGGCACAAGGAAUAAUUUUAAAAAUGCAGGCUGUAGCAGCCUUGUGUUUGUAAACAUUUAUUCAAAAUUAACUAGCAUUCUAGGUGUAGUGGUGAAAGGCCUAUAAUCCCAGUGACUUGGUAGGCAGGAGGAUCACAAGUUUAAGGCCAACCUCAGCCAAUUUAGCAAGACUCUGUCUCAAACUAAAAUCAAAAGGACUGAGGAUGAGCUGAGCCUGAUGGUACACUCCUGUAAUCCUAGUGACCUGGGAGGCUGAGGCAGGAGGAUCACAAAUUCAAGGCCUGUCUCAGCAACUUAGCAAGACCUUGCUGCAAAAACGACUGGAGAUGCAGUUCAGUGGUUAAGCACCCCUGGGUCCAAUACUCAGCACACUCCCCUGCCCAAAAAAAAAAAAAUUAAAGAGCAUCAAUUGCCUCUAUCAGGAAACACAAGUUACUUUCCAUUUUACUUUUAUAACAUUGUUUGUAACAUUUUUAUUCUGUUCUGUGACUAUAAUUUGGAAAUUUCUUUUGUCUUCAUUCUAUACUCAAAUAAGAGUCCACUAUGGUUUCUCCUUUC